CACGGAGGAGGAAGUGCAACUGAGCAUCGAGCUACUUUGAAUCAACAUAACACUUCUGUGGAGGGCAUUCCUCCUUCGCUCAGUGGGGACAAUACAUAGUUCAAGAACAAACGGGAAAGCUCUCUGGCGGCCAUGAAGUCGGCAUACCUGUUUUUGGCUGCUGUGGCGAUGUGUAAUUUCACAGCUAGUCAAGCGCAAAACAUCCCCAGUGAAGUGGACUUGGAAGAGCGCCCGACACUCCGAGAAAUUCUACAGCGCGCCGAGGGUGUCCUUGUUCGCUCCAUCAUGCGGAAACUUGAGGAGGAGGAUGAAGAUAAUGACAUGUCGUCAGUUCAGCCCAGCUGGUUGGAGAAGCGCCAGCACCCCGGGAAGCGCCAGCAUCCAGGAAAGCGCGAAGACGACGACUACGAAGACUACACAGACAUGCAGAAAAGACAGCAUCCCGGGAAGCGGGAUGACGCCUCCAGCGAGUCCAUAGAACUUCAGAGAAGACAGCACCCCGGGAAGCGCCUUCUUCUUGACCAGUUCGCCGGGCACCCGGCUGCCCAAACUGUUCUCUUGAACGAGCUAGCCAAACGACAGCACCCUGGAAAACGUUAUCUUAUGACAUUCAACAAGCGACAGCACCCUGGUAAGCGCGAAGUCAGUGACAGUGAACUGGACUCUAGCGACCUCUUUGAUUUGGAAAAUCGCCAAUAUUCUGGGAAAAAGAACUUCGAAAACACACUUCCGGAUAUACACGUGAGCGGCGGUCCUUGUGAUAUUCAGGAUUCUGCCACCUGCAGUAAAGCCAGUCUGUUGCUGGAGCUUCUUGAUAACGUGUCCAAAGCGCGCCCCGAGGAGAAGAGACAGCACCCAGGCAAAAGGCUCGCGCUAGAAGACGAUGUAACGCAACAGGAUUGAAGAG